CCCAGAGGCACAGAUACACGCUCUCCGCUUGGGUUUCAUGGAUUCCCAGCCCAGCUGCGUGGUAGUGACUGGUUUUGGACCCUUCCGGCAGUACCUGGUGAAUUCCAGCUGGGAAGCAGUAAAGGAGCUGUCCAAGCUGGGCCUGAACAGUGACAUGGAGGUGGAGCUGCGGAUUCUUCAGCUACCUGUAGAUUACAGGGAGGUGAAGCAGAGGGUCACCAGAAUUUGGGAAGACCUUCAACCGCAACUCGCUGUGCACAUCGGCCUGGACGCCUCCGCCAAGGCCAUCGUUCUGGAGCAGUGCGCCAAGAACCGGGGCUACCGGGACGCGGACAUCCGGGGCUUCCGGCCGGCGCGCGGCGAGUGCCUUCCGGAUGGCCCGGAAGUGAUUGCGUCGGAGAUCAGCAUGAAGGCGGUGAGCGAGCGCGUGGCCGUGGAGGGCGUGGAGGUGACCUUUUCUCGAGAUGCGGGCAGGUACAUCCCGCGGGUGUCGGGGUGUCCAAAGGAGGAUGUUCGGUUUCUUGGUCGAAACCAAAUGCCCACGGAUGACUGUUGA